AUGGGAACGUUGCUGGCUCCUGUGUCGAGGCAACCCAGGAGCUCCCGCGUGGCUCACCAUCUCCUUUUCCCUGCCCAGGUGCUGGUGGCCGAGGAGAACGUGGACUUCCGCAUCCACGUGGAGAACCAGACGCGGGCUCGGGACGAUGUGAGCCGUAAGCAGCUGCGGCUGUACCAGCUGUACAGCCGGACCAGUGGGAAACACAUCCAGGUCCUGGGCCGCAGGAUCAGUGCCCGCGGCGAGGACGGGGACAAGUAUGCCCAGCUCCUAGUGGAGACAGACACCUUCGGUAGUCAAGUCCGGAUCAAGGGCAAGGAGACGGAAUUCUACCUGUGUAUGAACCGGAAAGGCAAGCUCGUGGGGAAGCCCGAUGGCACCAGCAAGGAGUGUGUGUUCAUCGAGAAGGUCCUGGAGAACAACUACACGGCCCUGAUGUCAGCCAAAUACUCUGGCUGGUACGUGGGCUUCACUAAGAAGGGGCGGCCACGGAAGGGCCCCAAGACUCGGGAGAACCAGCAGGAUGUGCACUUCAUGAAGCGCUACCCCAAGGGGCAGGCCGAGUUGCAGAAGCCCUUCAAGUACACAACGGUGACCAAGAGGUCCCGGCGGAUCCGCCCCACACAUCCCGGCUAG